AUGAUCGCCACCCUGAAGAGCAUGCUCAAGGUGAACACGCCCACCAAACAGAUGUUGUCCAUGCAAGGAUCAGCUGACUACAGGGAGGAUAAGUCUUUGAAGAUGGACGGCACCCUGGACGUCUACCGCCUCCUCAAGAAGCCCGCCAACAUGAAACUUGCCCUGGUGAAGAACGCCAAGAAACGAGGUGUCCGCUACGACAUCGAUGUUAUCCUGAAGUCAUCGGUGGCCUCUGGCAAACUGGACAGUUUCACCUUCAUCAAGGACUCCGGUCUCUUGUCCACCAAGACCGUCCUGGGAUACACCAUCCCCAGAGUGGCAAAGAAUAAGAUCACGUUCGGUGGAAAGUUCAAUGACAGGAGCACCAAGGCCUACAAGAAGUACACCAUCAAGAGCAACCUGGACAUUGCAAAGAACCCCGAGUACAACCUGGACCUGAACGUCGACUUGGAUCAUAAGAAGAAGCACAGUGAGGCUGAAGUAGAGCUCAAGUAUGGACCCAACCCCAAGGACAAGACUAAGAGGCUUUUCUGGUCAACCUCCCUGAACAGGAAACUGGCCACCUGGAAGAACGCAAUCCUCACAUUUAAAAUGAACGCACUGGCCCCAGCCAAGAUUCAGUCAACUUUUAAUGCCCCUACGUGCUCUCUAUCUUCUACACAGGGAGUAGAUGUGAGUUUGGUGCACAAACAUCAGCACACACCCAAGAUGAUCGACUCCAACGUCGUACUCAACUACGGAGGAAAAGGCAAAGACCUGAGCGCCGAGCUGAUCGUCAGAGACAAAAGCUCAAAACUGUCAAAGAUCAACGGCAAAGCAGUUGUUGCCUGGCCGGGCUCAGCAUAUACCUUGACCACUGGAGUUGACCAGAAGUCUGCCAAACAGUACACCCAUACCCUGAAUCUGAGAAGCAAUUCUGGAAUGAAGCACACAAUCACAACGCUUUACAAGACCCCCAAGGGAAAAGCACACCAGUUCUCCACAAAGUUCUUGUUGAGCGGAAUGAAACCAGUCACUGUGUCUGGAUCUACCAAACUUGACCCAAGAAACUUCGAGGUCUCGGGAGAAGUCCAGCGAGGCAAAGAGAUCUACGGGCUCAAAACCAACGCCAUGAUUACAAAGGCCCCUAGCGCAAAGGUUGAAGUUGAGCUGUUCUACCCCACAAGACGGAUGACUCUACUCAUGGAUGGAGGAAAGCAAAAUAGCAAGUUCAAUGGCAGAAUGGAAGCUGCUUGGGACGCUGACGGAGACAAAAGCCAGAAAGUUGUCGUUGAUGGCUCUGGAUACAUGAAGUCUACUAAGAAAUCAAUGAGUGUGGGAGGAAGCCUCAUUUUCAACUCUCCCUUCAAGAACUACGAAGACAUCAUGACAGCUUUCAAAUAUGGCAAUGACGACAGUCAACACGAUCUCAGCGGCAAGUUCUCAUGGGCUGGAAAGGGAAACCAGGUGAUAUCUAGCCUCACUGUGAAAAGACCCGUCUCCCUCAGCAACCUGCUGAUUACCACAGAAACCAAAACGCCAUUCAAAGGAUUCCGAGUUAUCUCUGUCGAUAUUGAUCAUUCCCUGUAUCCAACUCUGAAAACUACCAUGAAAGGAAGAUGGGACAAGGAAAAUGGAAAACUGAGCAUCGAAGGCCAAAAUCUUGGAGAUUGGUACAACCGCAACAUCAAGGGAACCGUUUCAUUGAAAUCCACUCUGAAGAAUGCCGAGGACGUGACGUUCCACCUAGCUCACGCCGACAGCGCAGGACGACUUGUGUCCAACGCUGCCCUUAUCCACAACGGGAAGUCUUACGGCUACGACGUGAAUAUGGAUCAUAACAGGAAUGGUUGGCAAAUCAGAAACACCGGAGACCUUCUGCUAACUAUGCCCACCGCCAAAGUCAAGUCAACCUGGAAACACAGGAGCAGUGAGAAAGACAUUAAGUCAACCAUGACCUCUGAGUGGGGAAAGAAUCGACUGCUUGUAGAUGUGGACGCCUCUCACGACCUUCAGAAUGCUGGUGUUAUGAAUGCUGACUUCAAGAUGCAGAGCCCAUGGAGAUCUCUCAGGAACAUUGACUUGGCCCUCAGCCACAAACAUGGAAACGGUCUUAUCAUGAACAAUGCUGCCUACAAGCAUGAUGGGAAGAUAAGGGCUUCUUCCUCCGUGAAAGGCAAUUUCCGUCCCUCUGAGUUUGAUUUUAAGUUUGGAAUAGUGUCCCCGUUCACCGAAGACAUCGAUGGCAAGAUGAACAGCAAAUUCAGCUCCUACCCAAUGACAGCAGCGGCUGAGCUGAGCUGGGCCCCGAGAUCUAAGGCUGUGAUGGAAGGUUCAUUGAACAUUGCCUCCUGGGAUAACGCAAAUGUUGAUGUUAAAGUUGUCACACCUUUCAGAGAGUACCGCAACAUUGUCUUGAAGGCCUCCAAUAAGAACGAAAGAGGAGAGAUUGUAUCACACAUGAAUCUCGACUAUGGAGUCCGUAAAAACAUUGACAUGGAAAGCAGAAUGGCCUGCAAUGACAUGAAGAAAAUGCUGAGACUGAAGAUGAGAACUCCAUUCCGCGAAAUGCAGACUUUGGAUACUGGCCUCACACUCACAGGGAUGAUGACACGUUUUGACGGAUCCGCUGACUUUGAAAUGGUUCCAGUUAUUGGUAAACUCCAGGGAUCUGUCAACUGGCAAUAUGCUGAUGAUGGUUUGAAGGGAAAUCUGCGUGUGAGUACUCCCUUCCCAGAGUACCCAUACAUUGAGCUGUCAACCUCCAGCCAGAUGAAAGGACGCUCCAGACAAUCAUCGGUGUCUGCUGAGUAUUAUCCCCGCCAGACCUAUCGCCUCGACAGCUCUUACACCCUUGAGAUGCCCUACGCAUUUGAGGCCACACUCAGCACUCCUUUCCCUGAGUAUGACAACCUGGGAGUAGCCUUCCAGCACAACCAGUCUCCAUCUAGUGUGAUGUCCCACGGAGAAGUGCGUUACCAGCCUGACAAGAAGAUUGAAGGCGAUGUGAACAUGGACUGGACUUCUGUUAUCGAGGGUACUGUGAUUUUGAAGACUCCCUUCUACGGCUAUGAGUCAAACAAGGUGCUGCUUAGACACCAAGGCGACAUGGAUGCUUUCAGCAGCCACGGGGAGGUAAACGUUGCCGGCAAGAGUGUUUCAGCAGACGCAAGUUUCAACAGCGGAUACGCUACCACCGGCACAUUCACCUUCAACAGCCCUAUCCCCGGACUUGAGAGCGUUGAACUUUCCAUGAACAAGAAAGGCAACUCCAACAACAUGAGAGGUGGUGCCACAUUCCGUCUCAAUGGAGACAGGUCCCAAGCCAACUUCAACCACAGGAUGAGUGCCUCCACACUGAAGUCAACCGUCAGUGUCAAUACCCCAUACAGUGACAACUUCAAGCUCAGCGUUGAUCACAACGGUGACAUCAACAGUUUCACCAACAAGAUGUCCCUCAACUAUGGCCGUCGCUACGACAUUGACACCAUCUUUGCCUUUGACCAUAGACAGCCAGACGUCAGUGGCAAUGGCAUGAUCAAAUACAAACUUGCUGGACCAAGAAACGUUGCCAGAGCUACCUUCCGCCGAACCGGGGAGCUGGAAGACAUGUCCUUCAGCGGAACUGCCAGCUACAACAGAAGAGAUGUCAGUUUGAACGGCUCCUGGAAACUCCUUGGCGGAAUUGAAGGCACUGUUCGCAUUGCAACUCCUUUCAACAAGUUCAGAAACAUUGGUGCUACUCUUUCCCACACUGGAGACGUAUACAAUUUCAGAACCGAAUCCAACUUGAACUACAUGGAUAACCAAAACAUCAAUGGAAAAAUGGAAAUGUCUUCUGAUGGCCUGCGCAGAAUCCGAUUCAACACUGAGAUGGCCACUCCCUUCAGGGAAAUACAGUCAGCUAAAUUGAGUGUAGAACACGACUACGACGAGUAUACGAUGGCUUUAACCGGAGGAGCAAAAUUGACCACCACAAUUGGCCGAUUUGGACAGGGCAGUGUCAGUUACACCAAGUCAGGAGACCUCGAAAACUUCAGCAUUCAGGUCAAGGGAAAGUAUGCUAACGACGAGGCUGCUGUUUCUGUGACAAAGAGAGGUUCUAUGAGCGACAUGACCAUGAGCACCAGCGCCUCCUUGAACGGACAAGCUAUCAGCAUGGACGGUGCUCUGAAGACUCUCGGCGGAUUUGACGGAACAGUGCAGCUGAAAACACCGUUCAGAGACUACCGCAAUGUAGGAAUGAAGUUGACCCACCGUGGUGAAAUCAAUGACUUCAACGCCCAAGCCUCUCUUGACUAUAUGGACAACAAGAACGUUAACUGCCAGAUUGAAUUUGCCGCAGACGGUAUUCGAGCAAUCAGACUGUCCAGUGAAAUGAACUCACCACGAGAGCUCCUGGGAACAUCUAAGAUGACCUUUAACCACGAAUACGAUACCUACAGGAGGAGCAUCGCUACACGUGGUGAGAUGAGCAGCGCUAUUGGCGGAUUCGGCGACGGCAAUUUCCGAUUCAGCAAGACCGGCGACCUCAGUGACCUGAACAUGGAAGGCAAGGCCGUUCACAAUGGCGCAGACAUGGUAUAUGCCAAGAUCACCAACUCCUUCCAGCUCCGAGCCCUUAAAACAAUCAUAAACUUCAAGAGCGCUAUGACACCAAGUUUGGAGUUCACAGUCGACCAUAACGGUGAUUACCUCAACAGCAACACCAAAGCAACAGGCAUGUUAGGUUCCGACAACAUGAUGUCCGUGGAAUCUACCUUGACCAACCGAGGUGAUGUGUUUGACAGCCAGGGUACUCUCAUUUACAGGACAACCCAAUUUGGCGCUAGCCGCGGAUCUCUCAACGUUCACAAAGAGGGCGAAAUUGAUAACUUCAGCGUAACAGUGACUGGCGAUCUCAACGGUGACAAGUCUACGGUCAUUAGUACCUUCAAGAUCAAGGACGAAAUCACUGGAUCAGUCAGCGUGAAGACACCCAUCCGGGGAUACCAAAAUGUUGGAAUGUCUUUCAAGCACUCUGGUAACACCGAGCGCUUCCACAGCAGCGGUGAUAUUACCCUGAGGGACGGAAACCGUUACUCUGCCAAACUGGACUUCUACAUGUACCUGCUCAGACGCAUUGAAACAACUCUUGAAGUCAGAACUCCAAUUCAAGGCUACGAAUUCACCAAGUACGAGUACAGACACGAGAGCGGACCAGACAGCUUUGUGUACUACCAGACGCUUGAGUACGGAAACUCGCAGAAAAUUACGUAUGAGAUGAAGGCUACCAUGUCCCCGAACCCUGACCUGAGCAUCACACUGAAGACACCUUUCUACAGGUAUGAGGACAUGAUGGCAUCUGCUUCUCUCGUCAACAACUGGCCAACUGCUUCCGUCUCUGGAAAGGUCAAUGCAGGAAACGGCAACAUCUUUGUUGUAAAUGGAGCUAUGGACGUGAGAUCGGAUAUGUCAGGAUCCCUUACUAUCGCCACGCCUGUGAGGGGUUUCAGCGAUAUUGGACUCAGCUUCCAGCACUCCGGCGAACUCAGAAACUUCAACUCAGAGGGAAGAAUUACAUACAUGGACAACAAAGACAUAUCUGGCAAAUUUGGGUUCAAACUUAACAGCGUGCGUGUCAUUGCCGAACUCAAGACGCCUUUCAGCGGAUACGAGCUGACCAGAUAUGAGUACACAGAGAAGAACAACAGGAGACAAGCCUCCUCUACAAGCAUCCUCAUGUACGGAGCCAACCAGGUGAUCAAGAGUACCACAGAGGUCGUGUACUACCCUAACUCUGAGGUAAAAGUCAAUGUCCAGACUCCGUUCAGGAGCUACGAAGACAUGUCCGUAAUCUAUCUGUUGGACACAACCGGACCAAGAUACAGACUGGAGAGCAACGUGAACCUGGGCGUGGGGCGCACUCUCACUUUGAAUGGAGGUUUCGAUUCUUCUGAUGACGUGACGGGCUACAUUGACUUGAAGACACCACUGAACGGCUACAGAAACAUCGGCAUGAACUUCCGCCAUAUCGGAAAUACCCAGAGGUUCAACUUUGAAGGCAAGAUGACUUACGCUGACAGCAAGGACAUAAGCGGCAAAUUAAACUUCUACAGGUACAUGUGGCGCCGUGUUACCGCUUCUGCUGAGCUGAGCACACCUUUCUCUGGACUGGAAACCACCAAGGCUGAGGUUAAGUAUGAAGACAGGUCCACCAGCAUGAGCGCUUCAUCCUCUCUGCAGUACGGCAAUGGACAGACACUUGAGAGCAAUGUCAAACUGACCUACUCUCCAAACUACGACCUCCUUGUAAUUAUCAACACUCCUUUCUACGAGAUCAGGAACGUUCGUGCCAUGGCUACCGCUGACCUGAAUGCCCCAAGCUACGCAGUUACCAGUGGCCUCACAUAUGGCUACAACAAAGCCUUCAACGCCAACGGAAAACUGAACCUGUUCUCUGCCAACAAGCUCGACGGCUCUCUUGAGGUGAAGACGCCUAUUGCAGGAUUCGAAUUCACAAAAGUCGACUACGAACACAAAAUCGACUCCUCCAGCGUAGACGGCUCUGCCUCUUUGACCUAUGAGAACGGACGCAAGCUGGUGAGCGCUGAGCUGCAGUCCACCAUCUACCCAUCCUUUGACGCCAGUGUUACCCUCAAGACUCCCAUCUACGGCUACAGCAGCAUCCAGGGUUCAGCCGCCUACGACAGCUCUUACAACAAGUACGAAACCUCCAGCUCCCUCAAGAUUGAAGGACGUACUCAGUACACAAUGAGCUCCGGCCUGGACUACUCCGUGGAGCCCAUGAGGGUUUUCACAAAGGUCUCAACCCCAUACUCAGACUUCCGUGACGUGGAGCUGGUUUUGACUCACGAAGGUCAGCUCACAAACUUCAAGACCACUGGGUUCCUGGCCUCACCUCUCACCGACAACGUCAACGCCCAAGCCUCUCUUGACUACCAGAGCCCCUACGACAUGAGCGUGAGUGCAUCCAUGAAGAGUUCAAUGGCUGGCAUGGACGACCUCAAAUUCGAAAUGAAGAACUCUGAUGCUUCCGGAGAGAAGAAGAUGAACGCUAUCGCCGGGUGGACUGACGGACACCAGAUCCAAACCGAUGUUGUUUUCCGACACCAAGAUGGCUGGUAUGAGGAUCUGACGACCGCUGACAUCAGCAUGUCCACUCCAUUCACCGCCGUGCGUAGCCUGUCCGUACAGACUGAAAAAACGACCAAGUCGGAGGGUUAUGAAGGCAAACUGGCCGUCAACAUGAACGGUGCCCAACUCCUGGACAUGAGUGGAGAGUACAUUAACAGUGACAAACGCGAAGCUACCGUGACCUUUACCCAGCCAUGGGCUAUGCAGUACACCGCUAGCGGCUUCAGCCAGUACGGAAAGAUGGAGGCUGACCUUAUGGCAAACUGGAACAGAGAUGAGCUGAACAGCAACGUCCGUGUGGUGGCUGUGAUGAACGACAAAUCUGACUCCUACCUCACCGACAGGUCCAUGGACAUCAGCGUAGAGCAUGCUUCCCGCAAGAUGGGCGUGUCUAACACUCAGACGCUGUCCGACGCCAAACUGACCAGCACUGGAAAGUUCUACUGGGACUCUGGCGAUGAGGACCAGGUGUCCUACGACUUGACUAUGGCCGACAGCAGCCGUCGCAGCAAAGCCAUCUCAGAGGCCAGCCUUAAACUGGGACUUCCCUCCAGAACGUUGGAAUGGGCCGGAUCUGUGAGUGACAGCCCAGCAGCUAAAACCGCUGACGCCACAUUCAACUGGGACGCAGGACGCGAUGACACCAAACAGGUUGGCCUCAAGGCCAAGAUGACCAGAGGAAAAUCUCUCCGUGGUGACGUCACUCUGAGCAUGCCAUCCAUCAAAAAAGAAAUCCGUGUGGACGGAGAACUCAUGCUGAAGAACGGCCGCAUUAUCCUGGACUCCAAGACCGACGUCUCCUACUCCAGCGACGCCCGCAAGACUUUGACUCUGACCUCAAAGGUACAGGACAUCUCUGACUACUACAGCAACUUCAACUACAGCGUGGAGCUGGGCCUGAGUCACCCGUAUACCAACAUUGACGUCAAGAUGAACUCGCACCUGGGCAGUUCUGACGAGCGCAUGACCGCUGGCCUGGAUACCAGCUACCUGACCGCCAGCAGACAGACCAAGAACCUUGCAAUGCUUGCUGAGAUUAACAAAAUCAAGAAACAAAUCAGUCUGCAGAUGUUUAGCCCCAUGAACAAUAUCCAGUUUGUGGGUGAUGUUGUGAGCAGCAGCCCAUCCAAGCUGAGACUGUUGAACAGAAUGGACGGUGUGGAGACCUUCCGCUCCGACCUCACCCUAGACUCUGACAAGCAGAUGGCCGAGAUCAGCGCUGUCAUGGGCUCCGAUACAUACAGCCUGACAGCCCUGUACCCCAACAGCACCGCUUUCCGCGCCUUCAUCUCGCACACCACCCCCGACGUUCGCCACAAAGAGGCACUUCUUGCUGUCCGCCUCAACACGACACGCCUCCUGCACAGCCGCUUGGCAUGGCGCCCAGACCUGUGGGCGGGGCUUACUUCGGGACUUGAGGGGAAGGCAACGCGUGCCGGCAUCAGGGCCGCUGAAAACUGGGCUUUGCUCAAUGCUGCUGUAGCUGAUGAGUUCGCUGCCAAAUACGGUGCUGUGUCGAGCUCUGUGAAAGAAGAACUCAGUCCCCUGAUCGACAUGUUGGAGCGAGAACUGAACCGUAUGGCCUACAGAAUGAACGACGUGUCACGGGAGCUCAGAGCCAUCUAUCAGCGCAACGACUUCUACGCACAAGACAUGGGUGCGGUCUACACCACAAUGCAGAGAGAGUUCGAUUCCAUGACAAUAAAAUAUCGCCGCACAUACAUGGAGCUCAUCAGAACUCUGAGACAGGCCGUAGACGACAUGAUGGCUUUCCCUGCCAGAGAGAGGUAUUCCGAAUUUGUGGCUUCAGGCGUGGCCUACAUGGCUAAGAACAUCUACUCCUCUCUCUCCUACUUGGAAGAGUAUUCAGCGGAGGCCGUAAAAGUAUUGACUGAGUACAAAGAGAAGACACAGAAAUUUGCCAAGUCCGUUGCAAACACAGUCUACAACGCCACAUACGUAGACUACAUCUCAAACAGAGUCAAGAACGUCGACAUUUCGCCUUACAUCACUUCCUUCGAGAUGCCAGAAGAGUACAGCAACGCUAUUGCUGGCGCCAGAAGCUCCGCCAUUUCUGGUCUUAAGACUUUGUGGGAACGUCCUGAGAUUGAUGGAGUCAGGAGCGAGCUGAACAGCGUCUACCAGAAGGGAGCCUGGACUUACAAGUAUUGGAACGUGGAGGAGAACCUGAAGACCAACAUUGAGAGGAUGGCCAAGCUGCUCCAUGAGAUUGUUGAGGAUGAGCUCAAAGAACUGUCCGAUCACCACCGCAAACUCUUCAAGAACCCCAUCACGGUGUGGGCGCCGGAGCAGGGAGAGAUCCAGGCCGAGAUUCCAUUGCCUUUUGACCUCAAGAGACUCGACGAAAUGCCAGACAUGAGCCCCCUUGUGAACAAAGCUGAGAAGUUCGCCCAAGAAGUGGCAGUCUAUUUGCCUGACCAGACCACUUGGGAAAACAUGAAACAGUCCGUCUCAGACAUAUGGCCUGAAGCCGCAGGAGAGGUUGAGGAGAAGGAAGACACCGACGAGGUUCGUCUCACAAAGUAUCCGCCUUCCCGCAGGUUCAGAAUGAAGAAGGGAGGAAAGAAGCUGAGGAAAUAUAAGAUGUAAAGGAGGAAAUAUAAGAUGUAAAGAAGGAAAACGCCCUCUUUCUCUCCACACGAACUUGAAUCGUCCAAGGACCAGUGAUAUUAUAAAGCUUAUGUUUUGCUUUUAACUUAUUUAGAAUGUUCUGGCAACUUUCGAAAACUGUGUCUGAAAUACUUGAAAUUGUAGCUAACUUUCAUUAUUUAACUUUUAUAUUAUUC